AGGUAUUUCACACCAGAACUGUUGACUGCUCUCUUUCAACUCGAGGAGAAAGCUUAGUUGUGAUUCUUACUACGUAGCUAACAAUGGUUCGCUCCAAGGCUCCUGGAAAGAAGCAGCAGAAGAAAGGAAUCGACUUUAAGAAAAUAAAGAGAAAACUCGGGAGAAAGUUACCACCACCAAAGAAUGCAACCAACACAGAGAUUAAAUCUCAAGCAAUUGUACUUCCUGAGCAAAGUGUGGGAGCAGAGAAGAGUGGCUUAGCUACUAGUAAGAAAGGUUUGACCUUGCACGAGCUUCUGAGACAAACUUCACAUCACAAUGCCAAAGUUCGCAAAAAUGCGUUACAUGGUAUCAAAGACCUUUUGGAGCAUAAUCCGGCAGAGCUACAGUCGCUUAAAUUCGCUAUCAUUGAUAAACUCAGGGAACGUCUUAGUGAUGAUGAUAAGUCUGUGAGAGACAUUUUCUAUUUGCUUUUUGAUUCCAAGAUCUUCCCCUCUUGUGUUGAGGAUAACCAGGGCCCUAUGGUGACACUUUUGAUGCCACACAUAUUUAAAGCUAUGGCCGAGUCAUCUAUUGAUGUUCGUUUGAUGGCUUUCAAGUUUUUCCACCUUGUUGUAAAGCACUACCCUCCUACCUUUUCCUUGUAUGCUGAUAAGAUUCUAGAAAACUACAAGGAUAUUAUUCAGAAAAACCAUUUCUAUGUCCAAGAUAGAAGCAAGCUGAAUGUAGCUCUUUCUGGGUUGGCACAUUGCCUGUCUCUGUUGCCGUGUGAUGAGAGCGACACUGAAUCACAGAAAGAGAAUGAAACGCUACUUGCCUAUGAACAAGAUGGGACAAAAGAAUCUGCUCGUUUUGCCCAUGUCUCCGGAAGAUUGAAAGAGAUUGUUGGAGUCUUAGUCAGCUGUUUCCAAGAUUUCAUCCCGUUGAUUCAUACUCCGGGAGGAUUCGACGAGAAAUCGUUUAGUUGUUUACACCAUAUACUUUGCAGCAUAGGUUAUGCAAUCAAGUUUUCCAUCCGUAUGCACAUUCAAAGACAGACUAUGUCGCUACCUGCAUCUGAGGAUGUUACUCUGAUGUUAUUGGAUCAAGACAUUGCGCCAAUUAUAUCAAAAAAGUUACUUGGUUCUUUCCCCCUUAAUCCAGAGAACAAUUUUUCUGGAAAGGUUGAAGAAAGGUACUUCAUCCUCAAUAGUGUUUUGGCAGAAAUCUUUUUGGAAGUGAGUGAUUGGAGCCACCUCUCUUCUGACCUGUGCAAUAGAUUUCUAGUAUUUAUUGAAAUUACUCUAUUAAACAAGAUCAGCAGGAGCAAAGAGCAGCGUAAACCUAUUCCUAAACCUAUUCACGAAAAGACUUCACUUGCACUGCUACCCGCUGUUCCAAAACUUAUUUUGAGGAUGGACAGUGACUGGAGAGAAAAUCUUCUGCAGGCAUUUACUUCUACCUUCAACAGUUGCAAACCAGAGUCUCCACUCACGUUAGCCUGCAUCUCAGUAGUUAGAAACAUGAUUAUCCCUAAUGGAGAUAUCCUUGAUCUCAGCGCAAGUGAUCCCACAGUAAAUAACUACCAGAGUGCUUGGGUCAACAAACUUCCAUCUCUGCUAAAUCAGUUGGGUGAUAAACAUCCAUUAUCAUCGCAGGCUGUUUUGAAGCUUUUGCUUGACCUUGGGCGAGUUGGGUGUCUGAAUGCUUCCCCCACAUUCGAAGAAGACAUCAUAAAGUUCUUCAACCCUUGUAGUCAGGGAGAAGGUGAUGCGUCUGGUGGAGCAUUUGCAAGUCUCCCUCGGGAAGCCCAAGACUUGGCUCUCUCUUUCCUUUACUACUUCUCGAUAAACAAUUUUAGCCCUCCUCUGCUCGAAUCAAUAAUUUCAUGCUGUCUGUAUCCACAACUUGAACCAGCUGUGUUGUAUCGGAUAGUGGAAGUUGUUCACAAUGCCUAUAGAGAUGGAUACAUCCAGAUUACAGAUCAUUUCAGCUUCCUCAUCAGUUUAAUUGCACGUUUUAAAGUUGUUCCAGAGAAAGGCCAGUUUUCGAUGGAGUGUAAUGAGCAGGAGACAUAUCGUGGCACAUUAAAAGCACUUACAGACCUUGUGUGCUCACGUUUAUCAAACACGGGUGAUGUCUCCCUUGUCCUCCAGAUUCUAGAGAAAGUUCUUCUCGAACAGAUAAAUCUGAAGCCUGGGUUGGACAAUGGAUGUGCCAUACUUAGGAUUGUAUGCACGUUGGACUCUAAACCUACAACCCUUUCUGAAAGCAGCAUAACCACUCUAAGUGAAUAUUUACCUGGUUAUCUGAUCGACAUAGUCAAGUGUAUACCAGAAGAUAAGGAGAACUCUUGCCUCUACAAUCAAACAUGUCUCUACUAUUUAAUACCAUGUUAUUUCCUGUUCGAACGGAGCUCCAAACUCACAGAAGAGGUUCUCAAAAGAAUGCAAUUCCUAGUGAGUGAAAACACUAAGGCGCUGGAAUCAGUAGUUCAAGACAGGGAGAGCGGUCGAAGCUCAUUGGACUUGAUACAGAGCAUUGUCUCUGUGGUCCUGCUGAUGCACAACGACGUCAAAGUCAGGAAGAUAAUAUCGUCAUCCAAGUCAGAGAUCGAUUUGAUUCUGCAGAACGUUAUCUCGUUGCAGUCCUCUGGAAGCACGAGCUUGACGGUGGAAGGAAAACAUAUGAUGAAAAUUGCGGGAGAGCGACUUAAGAUUGCAUCCAACAGCUUAGUCACAAAAUGAAGUUUACAAGUUAAGAGAACAGAGACAUAUGUUUCACAAUGACUGUAACAUGAAAUGUAUUUGGUUCUCUGCCUGUUUUGAAAAGCAGCAAUUUUGGUGACAAGACAAACUAUAUCUUACAAUUUUCUAUCGAUUUACUUUUAUUCAA